AUGGAUAGAGACAUACAAGUACAGCAUUAUUACUGUCACGCCUGCAAAGUGACCUCUUCUAUUAAUUCUGAACAAUUACUAUGCCCGAGAUGUGGAAGCGAUUUUCUACAAAUAGCCCAAGUAGAGGAUUUACGAGAAAAUUUCAGAGUCGGCCCGAAUCCUUUUAUUUUUGCAAUAAAUCGACAAAAUGAUGAGGAGUAUGAAGAAGAAAACCCUGAUGAGAACAGAAGGCAAGUGGGAAUUCCGAAUGCUUUGUUUGGGAGAAUUGUGCAGAAUUUGUCUGAAGAGCAGAAUGAUAUGAGGAGAAGGGAUGCGAGCAGAAGAGCGUUCUUGCAGGUUUUGUUGGAGCUGCUAGGGGAUAAUUUUAACCAAAGACGAGAAGUUUCGCAAGAAGGCAUCGAGAGUCUGACUGUUGUGGAUAUAGAUAGUGAGAUUGCGGAAAAAGAAUGCAUGAUAUGCACGGAACAUUUUAAAGAAGAAGAGCAGGCUACGAAACUCCCUUGUGAUCAUUUAUUUCAUUCAGGUUGUGUGGUGCCUUGGCUGCAAAUGAAAAAUUCGUGCCCAGUCUGCAAGAGGAGAGUUGAGUAA